CAAAAAAAUUUAGUAAAUUCGACUCGGUUUUAGAGGCGGUGCCAUCGCCAAGCGGUAGGAUCUGUGUGACAGUGCAGGGUAGCCUACAGCUUAAGGUUGAGGGGCAGCGAGAGGAAAGAAUUUCUCCCGAUCCGGCUUUAUGCUCGACACUAUUCCAUCGUAACAAACAUCAGCUUAAUUCAAACUGAUAUCAUUUCUACACCGCGCUGGGAAUUCGCAAAGGUUGCUACAGUGAAGAAUAUUUACAACUCGCCUGCAGGACUUAAUCAGACUACAACGUUAUUGUUAGUCGAACUUUCCCCUUUUUAUUUUGCAGUUUGAUUUUUUUUUACCCCCAGUUUUUAAUUCCCACCGGCUGACAUCUACAUCAUUUUGUAAUCUGCGGGUGUCGGCGUCCUUUUUUCUCAAAAUUAACAGCGUUUUGCCGAAAAGUUUUAUUUUCAUUUCUGUUUUUGGGGGGAGCGUUACAGUUUUCCACGAUGAACAAGCUAUAUAUUGGAAAUCUCAAUGAAAACGUGACCGCGGAGGACUUGGUUAAAACCUUUGAAGAUCACAAGAUCCCAUACUCUGGACAGUUUCUCAUGAAAACUGGCUAUGCGUUUGUUGAUUGCCCAGAUGACCAAUGGGCAAUGAAAGCGAUUGAGACAUUUUCUGGUAAAGUGGAACUUCACGGCAAACGAAUUGAGGUCGAACAUUCUGUCCCUAAGAAGCAGAGGACCAGAAAACUCCAGAUCAGAAACAUUCCACCACAGCUACAGUGGGAGGUUCUUGAUGCUAUGCUUCUCCAGUAUGGAACUGUUGAGAACUGUGAACAAGUGAAUACAGACAGUGAGACUGCAGUUGUGAACGUCACAUAUGGGACGCGGGAACAGGCUAGACAAGCAAUCCAGAAGAUCAACGGUUACCAGUUUGAGAACCACGCCCUGCGUGUGUCAUACAUCCCUGAUGAAAACUCUGAUGUCGACUCUCAGCGAGGCCCAGACAACGGCCGACGUCCCGGAUACGGUCCGCGAGGAACCUCCCGCCAGAUGUCGCCCGGCUCUGGGAUCCCCAGCAAACAUCAACACCCUGACAUCCCUCUCAGGCUGCUGGUGCCCACGCAAUACGUGGGAGCCAUUAUCGGCAAGGAGGGUGCCACCAUCCGUAACAUCACCAAACAAACUCAGAGCAAGAUUGAUGUGCAUCGUAAAGAGAAUGCAGGUGCCGCUGAAAAGCCCAUAAGUAUCCAUUCUACCCCAGAGGGCUGUUCAGCUGCCUGCCGCAUGAUCCUGGAAAUCAUGAUCCAGGAGGCCAAGGACACCAAAACUGCCGAUGAGGUGCCUCUGAAGGUUCUUGCUCACAACAACUUUGUUGGCCGUUUGAUUGGCAAAGAGGGACGCAACCUGAAGAAAGUGGAACAAGACACUGAUACCAAGAUCACAAUUUCACCACUGCAGGAUCUGACCCUUUAUAACCCAGAGAGGACGAUCACAGUGAAGGGCUCGAUCGAAGCGUGCUGCCUGGCAGAACAGGAAAUCAUGAAGAAAGUGCGGGAGGCAUAUGACAAUGACGUUGCUGCCAUGAAUACUCAUCUGAUCCCUGGACUAAACCUGGGAGCAAUCGGCCUCUUCCCGUCAUCCUCUGCCAUGCCUCCUCCUGCCCUUGGAAACUCCAUGCCUGGACCCCCCUAUGGCCCUAUGGGGGCCUCCGAACAGGAGACCGUCCACGUGUACAUCCCAGCCCAAGCCGUAGGAGCCCUUAUUGGCAAGAAAGGACAGCAUAUCAAGCAGCUAAGCCGUUUUGCUGGAGCUUCUAUUAAGAUUGCACCAGCAGAGGCUCCAGACUCGAAAAUGCGAAUGGUCAUUGUUACAGGACCACCUGAGGCCCAGUUCAAGGCUCAAGGCAGAAUAUACGGUAAGCUGAAGGAGGAGAACUUCUUUGGCCCCAAAGAGGAAGUGAAGUUGGAGACGCACAUCAAAGUAGCAGCUGCAGCAGCAGGGAGGGUCAUCGGAAAGGGCGGGAAAACGGUGAAUGAACUGCAGAACCUCACCGCUGCUGAAGUAGUGGUUCCCCGAGAGCAGACCCCCGAUGAACACGACCAGGUCAUCGUCAAAAUCAUAGGACACUUCUACGCAAGUCAGUUGGCACAGAGGAAGAUCAGGGACAUUUUGACACAAGUCAAGCAGCAGCAGAAAGGAGGUACAGGAGGUACAGGAGGUCCACAGGUGUCCCAUCCGGAGGGCAUGUCUGAGCUGGGGACCCCUCAGGGACUGGCACAAGAACCCAGGAGGAAGUGAGAGUCCGGGGCCGCUGGCCAGUCAGAGGGACAGACAAACGAGAGGACUGACUGAGAGAGAGAGAGAGAGUGACACACAGACCCAGCGGUAGACAGGGAGAAAUGAGCAGCGAAAUGAGAGCGAAUUAAAGAGAAGAAAAGACAAAAAAAAAAAAACCUGCCCGAGAGAGGGCGAAGAAGAUAAUUGAGUGAAAACGAACAAGAAUUAAAAAAAGAAAAAAAGUGAUUUUUUUUUUUUUUUUAAAGAGAGAUAACUAGAAAACAGAGACCAGAUGCCAGGCCAGAUGGAGUGACUGAGGAUGGUGAGGAGGUCCGUCAAAGCGGAGCGCCCUCUAGUGAGAGCUUUUUACAUAGCUGCUUAAUAGGAAUGGGGCGUAAUGAAGGUCCCUCAAAAGUGUGUUUGAGCUCCUUGGGACCCUCAGCCAUCAGCAGUCACUUCAAAAUUUUAACAGUUUUUUUUUUUAAGAUAGAGAUAUAUGUAUAGAAAUGUUUAUUCAGAGGUAUUAUUAAUGAAAUGCAGUGAGGUAGAGAUGGGAAGGAGAGAGCAGAGGAACUUUAGCAAUUUUUUGCAGGGCGGGGUCACCAAUCAGGUGACUUCUCCCUGCCUAUAAGAGACGAGGGGAGGGGCCAAAGUUGUUAACACAGCUCUUGAAGUCCCCCACGCUAAACUGUGAGGGUGACGAGAUUUAAAAAAAAAAAUGAGGUUGUAAAUAUAAUCUUCAUGACUUUGUGUUGAGAUGCUGCACGUUUAACCACCACCAAUCGCGUUCCUGGCUUAAGAGGGUUGCAGUGUUUUUCAGAGGCUUCCCUUUUAGGCUGUGUGCCGUUUGUCCGGCGGGACGUGCGGCGAGAGUUCAGUAAGCGUGUGGGCUAAAGGUGACCUCUGCAGUUGUAUUGCAGUGGCUCAGCUUUGAUGUGCGGAGACCCAUCAGUUCCGUCCUAAACCACGCCGGCCAGGAUCGAUCGCCGCUCACACCCAAACGGCAUAUUUUAUAUAUAUUAUAUAUAUAUGAUAUGUGAGUUAACCUGGCCCCUCAAUGCAGUGGAACAGGCAGAUGAUGAAAAAAAACAACGUACCGCAAUUUCAGAAAACGUGACCUGGCAUCUUUUUUAAAUGUUUUCUCUUUGAAGAAUAUGUGAUUGACAUAUUCACAGAUUUUUAAAAAGCAAUCAUAAAACCUGGCCUUCAGAUG